AUGAUCUUUACUGAGACUCACACCGUCGAUACUACCAAUACUGCGACUGUCGAUGUCUCUGCCAACACAGCCACGUCUACUGUUGACAUGCUGUCUGCUGCAACUACAUCAACGAUCGAUGCAACCGAUAUUACCACCAAAGCUGAUGCCACGACAGCUGAGUCAACUAUAACAUCAGACCUUACUGCAAGCGUAUCAGCACCCGAGCCCUUCGAGACAUUCGACGUCCUUGCUAUCGGCGGCUCCAUCAAUGGACAAUACAUGAAGGGCGUAGCAAAUGAGGGCUCAAUGAUGGGAUGGGAUCUCAUAGGUACCGGGACAGGCCACAUGCCUCCGUUCACCAUUUGA